AUGACAUCCACUCUGGAAAACUACAUUAAUUGUACUGUUGCAGUAAUUACUUCAGAUGGUCAAACGACAGUGGGAACUCUCAAAGGUUUUGAUCAGCCCAUCAACCUGAUUGUGGAUGAAAGCCAUGAAAGAAUGUUCAGUUCUUCACAAGGAGUAGAACAAGUGGUUUUAGGAUUGUACAUCAUAAGAGGAGACAAUGUUGCUGUAAUUGGAGAAAUUGAUGAAGAGACAGGCUUUGCUAUUGACUUGGGAAACAUUCAAGUGGAACCUUUGAAUUCACUUGUUCACAGAAGAAAAUAA